AUGUCGACCUCCGCACGGCGUCGCCUCAUGCGUGACUUCAAGCGAAUGCAAACAGACCCUCCUGUCGGUGUGUCGGCGUCGCCUAUUGCAGACAAUGUGAUGACAUGGAACGCAGUCAUAAUAGGACCGGCCGAUACACCUUUCGAGGACGGUACAUUUCGACUUGUUAUGCAAUUCGAAGAGGCAUACCCCAACAAGCCACCGGGAGUCAAGUUUGUGUCUACUAUGUUCCAUCCAAACGUCUAUAGCACAGGCGAAUUGUGUCUGGAUAUUCUGCAAAACCGAUGGAGUCCGACCUACGAUGUUGCUGCGAUCCUCACGAGUAUCCAAAGUCUACUGAACGAUCCCAACACUAGCAGCCCUGCCAACGUUGAGGCAAGCAACCUGUACAAGGAGAACCGAAGAGAGUACAACAAGCGGGUCAAGGAAACAGUUGAGAAGAGUUGGGAGGAUUAA